AUGUGUCCAUUCAAAAAGAUUGAUGAAGUCAGAAAGAUCAUUGGUCCGGUUGCAAAUAAGUUUCCAGUUAUGUGUUCAGAUGCAUCAAUACAAAGGUACCUCAGAGCAAGAAAAAAUAAUGCUAAGAAAGCAGCAAAGAUGCUCAAAUGCAGCUUGAAAUGGAGGUUAGAGUACAAGCCUGAGAUGAUUAAAUGGUUAAAAUUGUCAUUUUCGUUGUCCCUUCUAUGCAAUAAGGAUGAUAUAGCUCAAGAAGGUGCUUUAGGAAGGCUAUACAAAGCUGAUUACUUGGAUUCACAAGGGAGGACUGUUCUUGUCAUGAGACCUGCUAUUACGAGUGCAAGCGCCGCAGCAGGGCAGAUCAAGUACCUUGUUUACUGUUUGGAGAAUGCCAUAAUGACUUUGAGUUCUAAGCAGCAGGAACAGAUGGUUUGGCUGGUUGAUUUUCAAGGGUGGAACAAAUCCUGCAUAUCAUUGAAGAUUACAAGGGAAACUGCUCAAAUCUUGCAGGAUCAUUACCCUGAGAGAUUGGGCCUUGCAGUCAUGUACAACCCACCAAAAGUAUUUGAGUCCUUUUGGACGAUGGUGAAGCCAUUUCUUGAGCCAAAGACUUUCAAGAAGGUGAUAUUCGCAUAUCCGGACAACACGAAAAGCCUAAGGAUGAUGGAAGAACUCUUUGACAAGGACAAGCUGGAAUCCUACUUCGGCGGGCGAAACACCGUCGGAUGGACCCUCGAGUCUUUUUCCAAAAAAAUGAAAGAUGAUGACAAUAAGAGGAUGUCUAAUGUCAGUGAAGGUGGUGUUUCAACAGAACUCAUCAAUGAAUCAAUUCAAAUAGAUGACAACAACUCGGAUGAUGAAACAUCUAGUUGUGACACUCUUGGUUCAACCAUGGGGGAAGAUAAAGAAGAGAUUAAUGUAAAAGAAGGACUAGAUUCUCCUAAACCUACAAUUCUGCAAAAAGAUGAAUCUGGUGCAAAGCCUUGA